GCCCCCGCCCGGGGCGAUGGAGCCGGAGCCCGGCGGGGCGGCCGCUGCGCUCCUGCGGCAGAAGAGGGCGGCGCUGCGGCGCAGGGGGUGCAGCUUCGAGAGCCCCAGUGCCUUUCCCAACUCCUUCUGCCUCAGUACAGCACUUCAGCCUCCAGGCCCACUGAUGGAUCCGCUGACGAAGGGGUCUUGUGGGAGUCAGAUGGCACAGACCCUUCUGUGGAAAGCAAAGUCAUCUCUCUCCUUUGGCAUCCAGCCCCUUCAGACGUGGCCAACACAAGACCCUGAAGUAGAGUCCCAGGUCAACCUCUCUGUCUCGGAAGACCUAGGCUGUAGACGUGGGGAUUUCAGUAGGAAACAUUAUGGAUCUGUGGAGCUGCUCAUUUCCAGCGAUGCUGAUGGAGCCAUCCAAAGGGCUGGAAGAUUCAGAGUGGAAAAUGGCUCUUCAGAUGAGAACGCAACUGCUCUGCCAGGUACGUGGCGAAGAACAGACGUGCACUUAGAGAACCCAGAAUACCACACCAGAUGGUAUUUCAAGUAUUUUUUAGGACAAGUCCAUCAGAAUUACAUUGGAAAUGAUGCAGAGAAGAGCCCCUUCUUCUUGUCUGUGACCCUUUCUGACCAAAACAAUCAGCGUGUCCCCCAGUACCGUGCAAUUCUUUGGAGGAAAACAGGUACCCAGAAAAUAUGCCUUCCCUACAGUCCCACCAAAACUCUCUCUGUGAAGUCCAUCUUAAGUGCCAUGAAUCUGGACAAAUUUGAGAAAGGCCCCAGGGAAAUUUUUCAUCCUGAGAUACAGAAGGACUUGCUCGUUCUUGAAGAACAAGAGGGCUCUGUGAAUUUCAAGUUUGGGGUUCUUUUUGCCAAAGACGGCCAGCUCACUGAUGAUGAGAUGUUCAGCAAUGAAAUCGGAAGUGACGCUUUUCAAAAAUUUUUAAAUCUCCUGGGUGACACAGUCACUCUAAAGGGCUGGACAGGCUACCGUGGCGGUCUAGACACCAAAAAUGAUACCACAGGGAUCCAUUCAGUUUAUACUGUGUACCAAGGGCAUGAGAUCAUGUUCCAUGUCUCCACCAUGUUGCCAUAUUCCAAAGAGAACAAACAGCAGGUGGAGAGGAAGCGCCACAUUGGAAACGAUAUUGUCACCAUUGUGUUCCAGGAAGGAGAGGAACCGUCUCCUGCCUUUAAGCCUUCCAUGAUCCGCUCCCAUUUUACACAUAUUUUUGCCUUAGUUAGGUAUGAUCAACAAAAUGACAAUUACAGGCUGAAAAUAUUUUCAGAAGAAAGCGUACCACUCUUCGGCCCACCCUUACCAUCCCCCCCGGUGUUUACAGACCACCAGGAAUUCAGGGACUUUUUGCUAGUGAAAUUAAUUAAUGGUGAAAAAGCCACUUUGGAAACCCCAACAUUUGCCCAGAAACGUCGACGUACUCUGGAUAUGUUGAUUCGAUCUUUAUACCAGGACUUGAUGCCAGAUUUGCAUAAGAACAUGCUUAAUAGACGAUCUUUUAGUGAUGUCUUACCUGAAUCGCCCAAGUCAGCGCGGAAGAAAGAGGAGGCCCGCCAGGCAGAGUUUGUUAGAAUAGGGCAGGCGCUAAAACUGAAAUCCAUUGUGAGAGGGGAUGCUCCGUCAAGCUUGGCAGCUUCAGGGAUCUGUAAAAAAGAGCCUUGGGAGCCUCAGUGUUUCUGCGGUAAUUUCCCUCAUGAAGCGGUGUGUGCAGAUCCCUGGGGCCAGGCCUUGCUGGUUUCCACCGAUGCUGGUGUCUUGCUAGUGGAUGAUGACCUUCCGUCAGUGCCGGUGUUUGACAAAACUCUGCCAGUGAAGCAGAUGCACGUGCUCGAGACUCUGGACCUUCUGAUUCUCAGAGCAGACAAAGGAAAAGAUGCCCGCCUCUUUGUCUUCAGGCUGAGCGCUGUGCAGAAGGGCAUCGAGGGCAAACAGGCUGUGAAGAGCAAGUGUGAGUGCAGAGAAAACAAGCUCGAGAAGACAAAAGGCUGCCACUUGUAUGCCAUUAACACUCACCAUAGCAGAGAGCUGAGGAUUGUUGUUGCCAUUCGGAAUAAACUGCUUCUGAUCACGAGGAAACACAACAAGCCAAGCGGGGUAACCAGCAUCCCACUGUUAUCUCCCCUGUCAGAGUCACCCGUUGAAGAAUUCCAGUACAUCAGGGAGAUCUGUCUGUCCGACUCUCCCGCAGUGAUGACCUUAGUAGAUGGGCCAACGGAAGAGAGUGACAAUCUCAUCUGUGUGGCUUAUCGACACCAGUUCGAUGUGGUGAACGAGAGCACGGGGGAGGCCUUCAGGCUGCACCAUGUGGAGGCCAACAGGGUUAAUUUUGUUGCAGCUAUUGAUGUGUACGAAGACGGAGAAGCUGGUCUGCUCUUGUGUUACAACUACAGCUGCAUCUAUAAAAAGGUUUGCCCAUUUAAUGGUGGCUCUUUUUUGGUUCAACCCUCUGCAUCAGACUUCCAGUUCUGUUGGAACCAGGCUCCUCAUGCGAUCGUCUGUGCUUUCCCGUACCUCCUGGCCUUCACCACCGACUCCAUGGAGAUCCGCCUGGUGGUGAAUGGGAACCUGGUCCACACAGCAGUCGUGCCGCAGCUGCAGCUCGUGGCCUCCAGGUCGGAUAUCUACUUCACAGCCACCGCUGCUGUGAACGAGGUCUCGUCUGGAGGUGGCUCCAAGGGGACCAGUGCCCACAACUCUCCUCAGACACCCCCGGGCCGAGAGACUCCAGUAUUUCCUUCUUCCCUGGGGGAAGGUGAAAUUCAGUCAAAAAAUCUGUACAAGAUUCCACUCAGAAACCUUGUUGGGAGAAGCAUCGAGCGACCUCUGAAAUCGCCCUUAGUCUCCAAGGUCAUCACCCCACCCACUUCCAUCGGCGUUGGCAUCGCUGCCAUUCCUGUCACUCAUUCCUUGUCCCUGUCCCGCAUGGAGAUUAAAGAAAUAGCAAGCAGGACCCGCAGGGAGCUGCUGGGCCUCUCCGAUGAAGGUGGACCCAGGUCAGAAGGAGCACCAAAGGCCAAAUCGAAAGCACGGAAGCGGUUAGAAAGCCAGGGAGGCCCCAAGCCAGGGACAGUGAGAUCAACGAGCAGCGACAGGAUUACUUCGGGCUCCUUGGAAAGUCCUUCUACUUCCGAAGCCAAUCCCGAGGGGCGUUACCACUCAACAGGCUCUGACCAGGACCCUGUGGCAGACAGAGAAGGCAGCCCGGUCUGGGGCAGCAGCCCCUUUCAGCUCACAGCUUCCUCGGAUGAAGACAUCAUUGACUUGAAGUAAACAGAGUCCGAAUCGAGUUCGCCAUCUUUAAUUUUCUUAUGGAGGUUUACACUCUUAAACCAGUUCUGACAUCAUUUCUCAACAAAAUGUGGCUUUUAGCCUGUCGUGAUCUAUUGGACCAAACCUUCUGCAUACUCGGCCAGUUUGGGUCACUCUCUAAUGUCCGGUGCCAUCUUUCUUGACCUUUGUUUCUUUCUGUUCAGGAACCAUCAGUCCCCUUGUAAUAAAGGUGGUAGAUUUCAUUGAGGUUUUAGAUUGAAACUUUGAAUAAAUCAAAAAUGUUCAUUCUUAUUUACUGCAACCUUCUCUUAUAUUUUAUAUACUUAGAUGGAAAAAUUAUUUUUUCAUUACAGUUUUGAUUUAUGUCACAUAAUGUGUUUCUUUUAUAAAGAAAAGCCAUUGCU